GUGCCCGGCCUUUUCUCUAUCGCGGGUACUUCCGCUUCCAAUGUCAAACACAUAGCGAGCCGCUUCCGGGAUAUGGCAGCCGUGUAGGCUCAGUUUAGGACGAUUGCACACUAAGGACGUUCUGGGAAAGGAGCUUGCAUCGAUGAGCAUUGAAGGCUUCUCACCCCCUGCGGCUGAGAUGGCUGAAAUAAACCGAAUGCAGUAUGAGAUAGAGUACACAGAAGGGAUCAGCCAGAGGAUGAGGGUCCCAGAGAAGCUUAAAGUGGCUCCAAGUAACUCAGGAGUAGAUCCAAAAGUUCAGCCAGACAUGUCCCUUCCUGGAGUAAUGAUGGAGGUGCCUGAGAGGAUUGUGGUAGCAGGUCACAAUGAGGAGUCUCCCUUCUCAAGGCCUUCUGAUUUGGAUUUCAUCCCUGGAACUAACAUUGAGACCCUUGCACUGAAAACACCACCGAGAGUCCUCACUCUGAGUGAGAGGCCACUAGACUUCCUGGAUUUGGAAGGAUCUACACCAGCCACUCCACACAACGAAGAGGUACGCAGCAGUGUGCAUCUGAAGAAAGAGCGAUUAGCCUCUGAGAAUCCAUUGCGGCAGAAUGGACAACUUGUCAGACAUGACUCCAUGUCUGCAAUGUCCACUUUAGAUGCAACCUUGGACGCCACCCCAGAUGAUUUAGCUUUAGCAGAUGCUGCAUCAUUAAGGAGGCAGAUAAUCAAACUUAACAGACGGCUCCUGCUGCUUGAAGAAGAAAACAAAGAACGAGUCAAGCAUGAAAUGACCAUGUAUUCCAUCAUCAUCAUCUUCGGACUCCUUAAUAGCUGGUUGUGGUUCCGGCGUUAAAGCAGCUCAGACUGCUAUUGCUGUCGGAUACUACUAAAACCUUGCAGGACCACUUUAUGAGGUGGAUAUUGAGGACUUCCAUAUUUACAGCACAAACCACUGCCCACCUAAAAUAAAAAGACUAUAUGCAGUGGCCACAUCUUGAGAUGCCAUUCCUCUCUUUCCCCCUUUCUCAGCAUAAUGGGCCCACCUAGCACGUGUUUAUUUAAGUGCGGCUGUCAGCAGGUAUAAAGUACAAGUGCAGUGUAAUCCAUGCCAGGGCUUACUUACUAAUUUAGCUGCUCAAGGGCAGUUACCCAUAGCAGCCAAUCAGCAUUUAGUUUUUUAGUCAGUCUUUUACCAGAUAGAAACAGACUGGUUGCUUUGGGCCAUUGUAUUUGUGUGGUUUAGCCCAUUAGUAAAUCAGCCUCACUAUUAGACAGAAAACAGUCUAAGCAGGGCUUGGCUUUUUGGGAUCCAGUGAUGGCUCUUGGCUUGCUUACUCUACAUCCCUAUUUUAAAACACACAGAAACAAUCACAUCUUCAUGUAAUAGAAAUGCAGCCUGUAUAAAUAUAUAAUCAUGGAAGGGUUUCAGCAUAACAGCAGUAUUAAAGGAACAGUAACACCAAAAAAUGAAAGUGUUUUAAAGUAAUUAAAAUAUAAAAUGCUGUUGCCCUGCACUGGUAAAACUAGUUUGUUUGUUACAGAAACCGUACUAUAGUUUAUAUAAUAAGCUGCUGUGUAGCCAUGGGGGCAGCCAUUUAAGCUGGAAAAAAGGAGAAAAGGCCCAGGUUACAUAGCAGAUAACAGGUUCUGUAGAAUAUAGUAAUAAUAAAUGACUGUUAGCUGCUAUAUAACCUGUGCAUUUUCUUCUUUGAAUGGCUGCCCCCAUGGCUACACAGCAGCUUACUUAUAUAAACUAUAGUAGUCUUUCUGAGGCAAACACACCAGUUGUAGCAAUGCAGGGCAACAGUACAUUAUAUAGUAAUUACUUUUAUACACAGUUUUUGGUGUUACUGUUCCUUUAAAGUGGCGAUUUCUUAACUCACAGGGGUAAGCUGCAAAUGUUGGCCUUUCAGUAGUGCUUGAGCUGUGCUGCUCUGUUCCCAUGUCUUAAGUUCUACUCAUUUUGCCUUUAAUAAAAAGUGUAGGGAUGUUCCUAAUGGGUUUCCUUCUCUGCAGCUGUGUGUGAGCUGCCCUAUUGCCUACCCUUCAUGAAAGAAAUGAGUGUGGUCCCCCACCCACGCUUGUAUGACUAUAAAUAAACAGAAUGGACUUGUUAUACAUAUAAAAUCAUGCCCUCGUGCAUUACUAAGUGAAAAAAUGAGAAAGAUAAAACAGACUUAAAUUGUCUCUAUUUUCUCCGUAACACAAAUGGCCAAGAGUUAUGCGCAGUGCUUGCUUGCUAUAUGUACCACCAUUCACCACUCGCUGGGGCAGAUUCAAAUACAUUUAAACCGGCCCCCAAUUUAUUUCUAUGAAGCAAGCUUUGUCAUGUAAAAUAUUUGUUUGAAUGAGUCGUCCCCAUCUUUGUAAAUUUCCCCCCUGCAUGUGUUGUAAUGUAAAUACUUUGUUCUUAGAAGUUGGUAAAUUACACAUUCAGCUUAAAUUGUAACUAGUGAUGAGAGUGUAGGUGUGCAGAUUAAUGUCUGGGUAAUUAAAACUCUGUGUUUAAAAAGAAUUCUAUUAAUUCUGUGUAUUUAUCUACUGUUAUAACAACCUGAUAAUUACCUGGAGGCCACGUUUGCUUGUGUUCUUCGUGCAUUUGGAAAUUGCCGGACCAGGCACUUCUUAGACUUGAGGCCUUUACACACUUGGUGUAUGGUCCAUUUCUCUCCACCUGUGUUUUGUAGCUAGGUAGAGAGAAGCAGUCUGCUUUCACCCGCAGCUCAAUGUGACAUGCACAGCUUCGGCAUGAGUGCAGCUACAUGGAGCUGAAUGGAGAUUGAGCUGGAAUACUUGUAAGCAGUAAUUUUCGGGCUGAUCCCUACACUGUGUAGCUGUACCAACUACACGGAGCUAUGGAUGAAAGCGGAUCUACUUCUCUCCGCCUGCCUACAAAAGCCAGAAUGAAAGAAGCGGACAAUACUCCAGGGUCAGACUUUAAGGUGGCCAUACAUGUACAGUCUUUGUCUUAUUGUGCUGGUCUCAACUACUAUGCAUGUACUCUGGUCAUAGGGCAGGCUUGUAUAUGUAAUCUGCCGUGUUGUGCAUCAACAGCUGAGGAAGUGAAGAGGAGCCGCAGC